UAGACAUGAGAACUCCAGGAGAGGAGGUAUGUGCAUUUUGUAAGUAGGUUAUUGGUAAUUCAUAAUUUUGUAUACAUUUAUUAGAAUAUAAUUAUUUCUUUAUAUGUCAUUUCCAGUGAAAUCAAUUCCAAUAAAAGGAAAAUAAUCAUGUGUCCUCAUUAGACAAUCGUAAACAUAACUUUAUGAUACACACAAACCAUGGUGUUUUAACUGACUAAAUCUGUUGUUUUACUUCACAAACGAUGGGUAAAUAUUUUGUUGAGACAGAAGUUGGAAUCAAACAAAUCAACAUAUCGGGUCACAGGCUUAGAACAUUUUUUUGUCUUUUGUCUGGUUCUAUUUAUAUCAAAAGUCAGAUCUGUAAAUCAUUCGUGGAAAGAUCGAAUUUGGAAAAUGAAGAACAAUUGGUCGAAACUAAAUCAUAUUGAGUAAAAGUUCAAGAUCAAAUUAUAUUAAUGGCUAUUAUUUUGUUACGCCCUUCUGAAGCAGCCAUGGUCAUGUAGUUGAACUUGAGGUCGGUCAUCUAACCAAGCUUCUAGAUCCACAAAUGAUAGGCCAAGGUCUAUCUUAUUAAGCUUGAUUAUGUUGAUUUGGACUGAAUUAGGAUAUGAUUUAUUUAAUUACCGGAAGUCAUCAAAGCUCAGGAUUUCCAUCUCAUUCGAUGUCAAGAAUGAAAGAUGGUCUUGUGGUUUAUGCUUACUAAUUAAGGGUACAAUCAGCUCGGAAUACAUUUUCCAUACCUGUACUUCGAUUGUACCUUGUUGUGUAUGGAAUAUAUACAUGUAGUUCUACAUAAUUAAGACAUCGUAUUACAAAAUAGAAGUCGUGAUCAAGGUUACAUACUUCUUUAAAACAAUGUGAUGUGAAGAUGUGAAGACAUGUAAAAAAUAUCUAUUUGAACAAGAAAAACAAUAUAAACAAUGAUUUACAUUCGUAAUAUUGUUUUUGAAAUGCUGUAUAUGCAAUCUAAAUAAACAUUUUAGAACAGUUGUAACCGCAGCUUUCUACCAAUAAGAUGACAGGAAUCAAUAUGAUAUUAGCUGAUAUAACGUUAAGAUAUUUACUUUCGAAUUAAUAUUGUUUUUGUUAAAAAAGUUUCAGCAGAUAUGUUUCCGGCUAUUAGAAUUGUAACUUCUAAAUGCAAGAUACAAUUGUGUGGUAAUCUUCUCGACUUUCACUCACUUAGAAAAUGACAUGUCGGACACGACUCCCAACCACAGACAUACACGCUUACUUGAUUUCAAAAACGAUACGACAGUAUUGCAUGAAAUAUGAAUUUUUUUUUUAGAAAUAUUGUUUUAAGCAUAAAUAAUAGAUACGAUUUUGUUAUAAUUAUUAUUUGAAAUUAAAUAGGCGUGUUUCUGUUAAGGAUGCAUGUUUAUGUUAAUGAUUUUUUUAAAGAUGUAUUUAUACCAACACGUCAACCUUGAAACUCGGUUAACUCGAAGACUCGGAUAACUCGAAGUUUUUUCCACGAUCCCGAUGACUUCGAAUAAACGAGGUUUGACUGUUAAUAUAUUGAAAUAUGUAAAUAUAUAAAUAUGAGAGCAAUCAAGACAAAGUAACAUCGAUUUUUCUGCAUUAUAUUGAAAAAGAUUGGUCUUCAUGAAAUUUCCCUUUACAUUUUAAAUUUUUAAGUCUACUCUAAAAACGAAAUUGCCGCCAAUGGGCCAUCAUCAAUGUGGACAAUUGAAAUGUAUUACCUAUGUCUGGCAAAACUUUAAGCUCUAUUGCAGGCACAAUGAAAUGGGGAAAAUAUGAUUUCAAGUUUGUUUUAGGUUUCAGAUAUCGCCAAUUCUUACCGGGACAUGACAAACAUAUGUCUUCCUGUUGUUUGACCCACAUAGAUUAUAUAUGAAGCGAUUGUUGUUUGUUUUACUGAUAAGAAUAUCUAGACCACGUAAGUAUGUAACACUGUAUGUUGAAACCUCUUCCCGACGUGAAGAUCGAUUUUCGUACGUCAUACACUUUUGGGACGAAUGAUAUGUCUUAUCACGUGUACAUACCCUGUAUAGGAAGGUGUUUACUCAUAAUCAAGGUAAGAUGCAGUUCGAACUUUUUUAUCCUCUAGGGUUCGAAUUGAACAUAGAUAUGUCUUCCAGAUUGUUGUCAUAUUUACCUAAAUGUGGAGGACAAUCAAAUUAUUCAUAAGUUAUACGCGUUCAUGUUUUCAUAGACAUAUUGUGUGUAUUUUUAACGUAAUGCGAGUGAAAUGAUUUUUCCUUUCCAAUCUUUUCCAGGCUGACUAUACAUUUGAGAAGUGGGAUAUUUAUUUAAUAUUCUAAGAGAAAGCUUUUCGAAAAGAAUCCAUUUUUACAACCUAAUACAAAUAAGCAUCAAGGAAUUUAGAGGUCAUCAGCAUUAUGGAAAUAGACCAAAAUAAUCCUUGUAGCGACAGAAGGAAAGAUACAACAAAGCGACAUAACAUACUUUAUUCCAUCAACAUUUAUUCCACAUUUUUGAUGAUAGGCUGGAGCCGAGGUCUUUUCGGUCCAUCUUUUCCUGACAUUCAACAUAUCUGCCAAGUCGACUUAGAGCUUGGAUCAUGGAUUGUUACAACAUUUUUUAUCGGCUACACUUUUGGAUCAUUAACUGCUGGAUUGUUGGGGAAAGUGGAGCGGAAGUUGAUAUUUGGUUUAUCACUUAUCACGUUAGCCACAUCCGUGGCUGUAAUACCGUGGUGUUCUGUGUAUUGGGUUAUGAUAGCAGCUCACUUGGUACAGGGAUUUUGUCAGGGAAUUGUAGAUACAAUUGGUAAUUCUGAAAUCCUGCUUGUAUGGAAGGACAACCGACUGCUGUAUUUCUGUCUCGAACUGAAUUAUGCAUUUGGCAGCUUCGCUGCACCACUGAUAUCCGCUCCGUUUCUAAUGGAUACUCCAGUUAAUAGAAAAACAAUUAAUAACAUCACUAAACAUGAUUUCCAACCUAUACAAUAUAAUCGCUCUUUAAACACAUCUGAUUCAAAACGCAAUUACGUUUAUCUUAUCCACGAUAGAAUGAAUGGUACAUCUGUCAUACCUCCGUUCGUCACCACGUUCCAGUCUAUGAUUUAUAUACCAUACUCCUUAACCGCAUUUCUUUUUUUCUGCAUAGCGAUUUCGUUUUUGCUGAUGUACUUUGUUUAUAAACAAAAACAUUGCGCUAACAUUGACAGGAAAACCUCUAUGACGGAACCAGAAGACGGGUCAAGAGCUGUUGGUUUGUCAACGGACUUAGCCAAAUCGGAGAAAAAAUCCACUCAUAAACGUAGACAUCUGCCCGCAAAAGUAAAAGGUUUUUCAUUGGCCACAAUAAGCAUUCUCUUAUUUUUCUAUGUUGGCGUAGAAGAAGCGUUUGUUUCCUAUCUCACUGUAUACUGUGUUGACUAUCUUAAUUGGACACCGUCAGAUGGCGCUUUGAUAACCGCUGUUACAAAUAUAUGUGGUAUUGUUGCGAUCGUUGCGUCCCUGUUCAUGAAAUGUAUUAACACUAUGGCGUACGCGGGUGUCAAUUGUGUGCUAGUAUUCGUGUCCUUCCUGGGUAUGUUAUUCAGCUCGUUGUAUUACUACGAGGUAGGCAUUUGGAUUUCUUGUGGCGUUCACGGUGUCUUCCGAUCCAUGUUGUUUUCCUUGAUCUUUACAUGGACAAAUGAAUACAUUACCUCGGUGACAGGAAGUGUUGCUUCCAUUUUUAUGAUCUCUUCUUGUAUAGGCGCGUCCGUUAAUCCAGUGAUAUUCGGGAAUGUCAUGGAGAGGUUUGGGGAUAUAUGGUUGUGUUACGGAUUUGUAACUGAAGGGUUAAUUGUUGUCCUACUGUACGUUACUAUGGUCGGUAUUACACAAUAUGUCGUGAAGCGUUUUGGUAAAAAUAUUGACAACUCAAGUACAUACGAGACAGCAAUUUCCAUUACAGAAACAUUUAUUAAUGAUGAUGAUAAUGUUCAGGAAAUAGAAUGAAUGUGUACAUAUUUUAGCUUCACAGUUGAACAUGUCCCUAAUUACGUGCCGCAUGCAUGGUUUAAUCUACAACAAGACCUGAAGUUAACAACCCAUGCCAUUAAGGGUAGUUGUGAAGGCGAUAUUGUAGGAAUGGCAGCUACCGAUAUUGAGGUGAAGAAUACUACUAUCCUUACAUCGUACGCGAUGAGAUCGAUGGAUUUGGUAUUAAUGUUGUUUGGAAAGUCGAUUACACUCAAGCUCAAUGAAUUUGUGCAAUAAAGUC